AUGACAACUUUAGAAAAUUUACAGUAUAAAAAGGCUGGAAGUCUGACGUUUGAGGAACUCUCGGCGCUAUAUGAUGAAGCCAAGCACUCGACCAAAAGUUCAGACCAUGAUGCGCUUUCCAAAGAUAAAUCAUCCAUGGUUGAUAUUGACCUCUUACCACAAAAUGGUGGUAUAGAUUCCGAUGUGUUAUCUGGAGAUGGCGAUGUGUCGCUGCAGAACGAUGAACUAGAAAGUGAUGUAUUGCAGCACGAUAAGGAAGAUCACCCUGAACUUGUUGUUAGAAACGAUCAUUAUUGUAGUCAACGCGCAACUGUGAGUUUCGGUGUAGAAGCAACCCAAGAUAAUGCAGGUAUACUAGACGUUGUAAAUUACUAUAAACCUGAUUUGGCAAAUGAGCCAUCAGUGGAUAAUGAUGGUUUUGGAGCAAUAAAUAAUGGUGAACACCCACUACUACCCUCUGAGGGGUUUGCCAUGGGAGUAAACAAGUUUAAAGAAACCAAGUUAUAUGGAAAAGGUGGUAGACCCAGAGGUCAUGUAGGUGGUGACAGUACAACCUCCAGCAUAAUUGUAAACUCAAGAAUUAGAAAUAACCACAGUCCACACUCUGGGUAUACGUAUGCUUCUCCAUAUAACACACUGGUUGAUUCUGUCAUGUCAUCCGAUUCUGAUGCUGGAAAAAUGCAAAAUGGGCUUUUUGAGGUCCCAUUUAAUGUCUACUCAGUGCCAAGGUUGGUUGACCCAUUUAAGGGGUUUUCAAAAAUUCAUACUCAACGAGCAAUCAAACUCUUGCAUUUUUCCAAAGUUGACAGUAAACUAACAUGUAAGGUGGACAAGAGUGCAUCCAGGCUAUUAAAGAAACAAAUUGGCAAUUGCAAGGUGGUAUCCACAAGUAUUGUAGGUGAUCCUAGAUCAGGAAAGAGUUAUUUAGCUGGUCUACUUGUUGGAAAGGGUAGUAAAUCAUUCAAAAUUUCAGAUCCAUUUGCAGUGCAAACAAAGUGUGAAGGAACUGUAUGGAUCUAUGUUGCUGUAUAUGAGGAGAAAUAUGCCUAUAUUUUUCUGGAUUUUGAUGGAUUUGAAGGUUCUGAUUCAGAUCGUAUUAAAAUGCUUUCAUUUGCCCUGGCUGCCAGUAACUGUGUCUUGGCAAGUUUUAAAGCGUCUGUCAUGUCUGGUGUUUUUGAACUUGUACAGUCAAUGAUAAAUCUUUCCGCAAAUCAAGCUGAUGAUGAAUCCGAAGAAGGAGAAGUGGACAAUGAAAAUGAAAUAGUGGAAUUAUUUAGGAAGAAAACUACAAGGCUCUUUCUUAAGGAUGAUGGUGAUGAAGAGGACGAUGACACUGUUGGUACUGACUUGGAUAAGUUGUGGAGUCCUCCAAUUGUACACUUUAUAUUCCGUGAUUCAAAUGACUUUAUUAAAUGUCUUGAUGAACGUAAUUAUACACCAGAAACCCUUGUUGAACAGGGUAUAUUUGAGCACUAUUUGGACAUAUUUAAGUGUACAUCGGAUACUAAUAUGGAAUUUAAGAACAAUAUGCUUGAUGCUUUUGGAAUUUUCACCAAUAGGAAGUAUACGUGUCUUCCUUACCCUCUGAGGGCACGAAAGAAUACGAAACCUGAAAGGUAUGGAGUUGGGCAAAUGUUGCUAAAAUUUUUGGCUCCACAUGAGGCUAAAGACAGUACUACAGAGGAUGAUUACGAUAUUUUCCCUACUCAAAAUAUAUCAUUAAUGCCAAUGACUGCGCUAAGUAAUCACUUUUUUGAAAAACUGGAUGAAAUCAAGACUUGUGUAUAUCAUGAUACUCUCUCACAUUCACGAGCAAAUUCACAAUUGAGUGGCCGAAUGUUUAUACGUUUCAUAAAACUUUUAGUGGAACACUUUAAUGUUUAUAAUGCAUUUACCAUAAAGGAUCUAAACUCGAUAUUGACAGAGGUGCACUUUGAUGAAAAUGAGAGUGUCAAGAAAGACUCUAUCGUAUACUUUUUGAAGAUUGUAAAGACUAAAAUAGCCCCCUUGUUGCCAAUAAAUAGUAGAGAACUUUUAUCUAAAUCAAUAGAAGCCAAGCAAAAGGCACUUCAGUAUUUUGAAGCAAAGGCAUUUGGGACGUUUGAGGAUUAUUCAAAAGUAUAUAAUGCACUCGGGACUACGUUAGAUGAACUUGUUGCAAAGCUUGAUAGGAAGAAUACAUCAAUUAUAAAUCACAAAAUCACUUCAUUUAUAGAACGGAGAGCAGAUGUUUUAAAUUACAGGAUAGCCAGAAAGGAUUAUACACCUCAGGAUCUAGAUGCUGAAAUACUAAAAACAAAAAGAGCUUUGCAAAGGAAAUUUGAUGAUGCAGUUGUUGUUGACAGUGCACUUACACAAGUAUCGCAAAAAUUGGUUGAAAUGUUCAACAAUCAUCAUCCAGAUGUCUAUAUUGCGCGCAUAUAUACACCAUCAAUCGACAUCAAAGACACUGUUGAAACAUACACUAGUAAAUUUACCAUGCUUCCAACUAGACUCUCUAUCGAGGAAGAAGACGAUCAACAAAAUGAAGAGGAGAGCAGCGUCAUUCACAUACAAGAUGGAUCCAUGGGAGAGUGUGACAUUGAUGCUCACGUUGAUGAAACCACACCGCAUACAAUCUCAGAAGAUAUAACACCACCAUCUGUGAUGGAAACUGCCCAAAGUGACAGAGAAGAAAAACGGGUUACCAUUGCAGAGCGACCAAUCACAAUCACGCGUGUAUAUUAA